AUGGAAGACAAGCUGGAUCUAGAGCCGGUCCCGUCGGCGAAGUCGCUGGCUUCGACAUUUUCACCCAUUCAAGAAGUCCUCUUCAUCACCCUGGUUUGUAUGGGGCAAUUCAUGACACAAACCAACAUCGGGAUCGUUCUUUCGCCACUGGCUAUUGUGGCCGAUAGCUUUGCUAUCACGGAGCCCGGAAUUUCAAGCUGGUUCUUGGCUGGGUACUCCUUGACCGUUGGCACCUUCAUCCUGGUCUCCGGUCGAUGUGGCGAUCUAUUUGGGUAUCGCCGAAUGUUCAUCAUCGGAUUCUGUUGGCUUGCACUCUGGUCUCUGGUUGCAGGAUUCAGUGUUUACUCUAAUUACAUUCUUUUCAUUUUCGCCCGUGUCCUUCAGGGCAUUGGCGGUGCACUAUUAUUGCCCAAUGGCUUGGCUCUGCUUGGAGCAACAUAUGCUCCAGGCAAGAGAAAAAACAUGAUCUUUGCCAUUUUCGGUGCCACUGCUCCAAAUAGUGCACUUCUGGGAACCAUAUUUAGUGCAAUCUUGGCACAGUUGGCGUGGUGGCCAUGGAUAUACUGGUCACAAACCUUGGUCUGCAUAGGCUGUGCUGUUCUGUCUUUUGUUGCAAUUCCAUCUGUGCACCAUGACGCCUCCUAUGAAUCAUCCUUCUUCGGUCUUCUCAAAGCUCUCGAUGCGUUCGGUGGAGCUUGCGGUAUUGGUGGACUCGUGCUUGUGAACAUAGCAUGGAAUCAAGCCCCCAUUGUGGGAUGGAGCGAGCCUUACGUCUAUGUACUCCUCAUCAUCGGAAUCCUCUUGAUUCUGGCCUUCUUCUAUGUCGAAUUCCGUGUUGCCGAACACCCUCUUAUUCCCUUCACCGCAUUCAGUCGUGAUGUUUCGUUUGUCCUCGGGUGUGUUGCCUGUGGUUGGGGAUCUUUCGGCAUCUGGAUCUACUACGUUUGGCAAUUUCAAGAGAAUCUCCGCCAUACGACACCUCUCGUUGCAUCCGCUGAAUUCGUUCCGGUAGGACCAAUGGGUAUUCUUGCUUGUGUUGUUACGGGGUACCUCAUGGGUCAUCUUCGCCCCGGAAUAAUCAUGAUGUUAUCGAUGACUGCUUUCACGUUGGGCAAUGUUCUAGUGGCAAUCGCCCCAGUGCAUCAAACGUAUUGGGCACUGACCUUUGUUUGCCUUUUGGUAAUUCCUUGGGGCAUGGAUAUGUCGUUCCCUGCUGCUACCUUGAUGCUGUCAAAUGCGGUGGAGCGGAAGCAUCAAGGUAUCGCUGCAUCUCUUGUGACCACAGUGGUCAACUAUAGUAUUUCGCUGAGCCUGGGUUUUGCAGGCACGGUCGAAGUCCAUGUAAACGAUGGAGGAACUACACCGGGGGAUGUUUUGAAAGGCUACAGGGGUGCGCUGUACGUGGCUAUUGGCCUUGGUGGACUUGGAAUGGUGCUCAGUGCGAUCUAUACCUUCAAAGGCUAUCGAGCUGAAAAACGAUCCAAAGAGGUUGAAAGCGAGGAAAGUGGGGAAUAA